AUGUGUUCAGGAAGUACAACAGCCAAACCAAUGAGAAACAGAAAAGUGUGAUCAGCAGUGACAGCGAGUGUGACAGGCUCAGCAACCACACGCAGUCAGGAACCUUACAGCACAGGAUGGACAGGAUUCUGGUGACCCCCAUCUUAUUUGCCUUUGGCUUCAUCAGUUUCACUGGUAUUCAAAGCCAACCUGGUCACCCAAUAAAUAUUGUGAAUAUUACAAACAAUGAAGGAAUUCAAAAUGCAACUCGAUUCGCAAUGUCUGCCUAUAACAACCAAACUAAUGACAUCUUUGUGUUUAAAGUGAAGAGAUUUAAUAAUGCAACGGUGCAGGUGGUGAAAGGAUAUAAAUAUGUUGUUGAAGCUGUGAUUGGACGGACAACAUGCCGUAAAGGAAAACCAUUCAAUUUUAAAGACUGUCCAUUUCAACCAAAGCCACCACUAAAUCGGGAAUUUGUCUGCUACUACACCGUCUGGAGUAUUCCUUGGGAAAAGAAAUGGAUAUUACUUUCAUUGAAAUGCCAAUAAUCCACAUAGACCCACUACAAUAAUUUUCUGACUGCUUCAUGUAGAAAUCUUAAUUUUGCUUGCUUCAUUUUUAUUGCGCACUUGCACUUUACUGGGACUAUUUUUAUUGGUAUACUGAAUACAACAACAAGAUUACGUUUGUAUAGCGCCUUUCAUGUCGGGAGGAUACAGAAGAGCACCAUUCAAUCCAAUCCAAUUUUUAGUGACGAAAUUGUAACUCAGGAACAGCAAAUGUAGUGCUAAAUGUUCAUAGUGCUGGAGCUCUGCCCAAAUUACCUUCCAGUUCUCCCCCUCCCCAUCAACCUGUCCUGCACUCCCAUUGGACUAUCUGCCCGUCGAUCAACCUAUCCCAUGCUCGCAUUGGACCAUCCACAUGUCCAUCAACCAGCUCCAUUCUCUCAUUGGACUAUCCACCUUUCAAUAACCCGCCCUGAGCUAUUGGACCAUCAUCCUGCCCAUCAACUCAUGUCAUGCUCCC